AUGGAGUUCACCAACACCCCGGCUCAAUUUGCUUUCCCUCUUCUAAAAUCAUCAGAGAUCCUGCAAUGCUUGUCGGAACUCGAGAUUGAAUUAUCCAAGGCAGAGCUCUCAGAGCCUCAGCGCCACAGAGACAAGCUUCGUAAAGUGUUUCUCCUAUUGCUGGAUGUUUGCUGUGGUUUGAAUGAAGAGGAUUUUCAACCCACUCAAAAUGCCCUGGACAAGGCGGCGACCAUGACGUACCCUGAAUUGCAUGAAGUCAGCGCCGACAUUAAGUUCUUUCGAAAGUUGCGCCACUGCAUGGAAACCUGUGGCAUUUAUGAUUUCAGCUGGAAAGACAUACAUGCGCCCAACAGCAAGCGACUUCGAUACCAACUCAGUGCAAUCAUCAACAUGGCCAAACUGCGAGAGGACCUACUUCCGCUGUAUGGAGAAUUGGGUGAACCUAGAAAUGAAUAUCUUUUGAGCCUGGAUGAGGUCAACCAGGAGCAUGAUGAGCUCCAGGAGCAACUCAAGCAAGUACACGACAAAUACGAGGAAGAUUCUCAAACAAUAGAACGAACCCAACAGGAAAACGCGGAAUUGACCAAAACCAUUGCAAAUCUCAACAAACUACAGUCAGCCAAGCGAGCCGAGGGACAAGAUCUCAAAAACGUCGUGGGUGGCCUAAAGGAUGAACUAGAAACCGCCAAGUGGACCAUUGAAGAGAUGGAAGCCGAGGAGGAAAAAUUGCGGUCGGAAGUUGUGUCAUCGCCUGAUCGUCGCAAGGGGCAGCUCAAAUUCGAACGAGAAACCCUUGACAGAGUCCGUGACGAAUGCACCAAUCUGGAGGAGAAACUACAAACCACAAGGACCAUGUGUCAUCAUGUUGAAAUGGCAGUCAAAGCAAUGGAAACUGAAGUUGCUACGGUAGAGAGCGUCAACAAGGAGGCGGGCAAGUUUUCGGAGGCAGGCAAGCAGCUAGAAGCCGUAAACCAGAAAUUGGAGACGCAACAAGAGCAAGUAACACGGGAGAAGGAAAAGAUUGUCUUCUGUGAACGGGAUUUGAAUCGGGCGGAGGAGCGACUCGCCAAUCUGCAUAAACAAAACAACAUGAAAAUGGAGGCAGCUCAAGAGUCACUUGACGCGGCCAAAUCUCGACUCAACAAGGUAGAGCAAGACCGGCGAGACGGCAUGAAACAGGUCCAAAGUGGAGCGGCGCGGGUCCGAGAGAUUGAAACACUGGUCGAAGAGGAGCGCCUUCAAACAGAAAAGGAAAUUGAAGGCAUGAUCUCGGAAUACCGCGAGACGGAAGCACUUGUUCUGGCCCGCCUCGACGAAAGAAUGGAACGUAUCGGUGCCCACUCUCACAAAGAAGCGUACUAG